UACCUGCCCGUAGCAAUGGCUUCAAUACGAAUAUGACGUUUUGCACUACCUCGACAACGUAUCUCGUCUCCGUGUACAAUUUGCUGAACGUACGCAGACAAAUAUUUAUCGGUAGGUGCGAAAAUAGACAGGUGAGUACAUGGGUAAAUACUGUUAUUUAAAAACGCAUGCAAACCAAUAAAAUCGUUAAAUAACCGGCUGCUUAUAGAAUACCUAGAUUCGACUAACGAAUGAUACAAAAAUCAGUCGUACGAUGUGUAUUUGCGGCGGCGAGUAGGGCAACAACGAAUACCUACCUACAUGUUAGCCACGUUCAAGAAAUAAUAAUGUAUUACGUUCAUUGUCCUUCUGAGUUCUCACAAGACUUCCGCUGACGUUAUUCGUUGCUGUACUAAUCUGUACAACAUUUAUAUAACUACAUUAAUUUGUAGUACCUAGGUACUAUUUUUAAUACCUACGUAUGUGUACGUACAGCAAUUGAAUACAUGUAACCAACGUGUGAAUUUAUUUUUAAAUAGAUAUUAUCACGUAUUUUUUUUUAUUUUCAAGAAUAUACAUUGUCACUACCAAGGUUAGGUCUAAACUCGGAAGUCAUAAUAAUUUUGUACCUUUCAUUUGCAAUCAUAUUUACCUCUUAUCACGAACAUUACUGUUUGACUGUCGUCAGUUAGGACGACUUCCUGAUGUUGGAUUAGUCUUUGUGGUUUAUUUUUCACAGUAGCUAAAAAAAAAAGGCUGAUAGGCAGGCACGUAUUCAGGAUCAAUUUUCGGGGGGGGGGGGGGGGGUUAAAAUAUUUUUAAUGAAAUAAAUUAUACAUAGAGUUUGUAGUUAGUCUUUGUUAUAUUAUAAAUAUAUACCUACUAUAAAAAUGUCGGUGUGUUUGAACCCCUAAACCCCCCCCUGGAUACGAGCUUGCUGAUAGGUACUUACUUAAUGGCUGCACAUUGUGCUACUGCUGUACUUCGGUGAGAAGUUGGCAAGGAAGGAUACACAAAGUCAAUAGCACCAAACUAAAAUUAAAUUAGAUGGGGGGAGGGGGCAAAAUUGCCCAACGCCUAGUUGCUCUACGUAUUAUUGCUGUAAAUUCUUGUAUUAUAAGUUCUGUAUUAGGUAAAUUUAAUUUAAUUUUAGAUUCUGAGCGGAGCGAAAAAUGUACCUAUUGGUUUUAUAAUGAUGUUUAUUUAUUAAUUUUUUUUAUACUGUGUACCUACACAAAUUCUACCAAGAAUCUUGCUACGAUGUAUCAAGUGUACCACUUUUCCUGAAAGUAAAUUUUAUCUAGUCGGUAAUUUAGGGAGGUUAAUUUUGAUUUUGCAAGCAGUUUUUAUAAUAAUUGAGAAAAAUCCGAAAAAAUGUAAGAAAAACGGAGAAAUUUACGAAAAUAAUGCUUUUAUUAUUUUCAAUUUUCUUUUUUUGUUAUAAUUCAGUUCAAAAUGUUCGUAAAGACUUGAAAUUUGGACAGAAAACUUAUAUUUGUUUUUUCUAGACGUGGUAAAAUUUAAAAAAUUGUUGAGCCAUUUUUGAGCUAUUUAUAAAUAUUUUAAUUUUGCUACUUUUUUACAUCAUUUUUAUUCAGUAAGUACUCUGUGGAUGAAAUUGUUAGAUCAAACAGAAGUGCUUGAAAAUUUAACAGGAGGAUCAUUUUAUGUUGUACUUAUUGGUCAACAAGAAUAAGUCGAAUUUAAUAGGGUAUUUUUUUUUUAUAAGAAUUUUAAUAUCAAAUUAUGACGAAAAUCGUGAAUAUUACGGUCUUUUAAAACCUGUACCAACCGAACUCCGCUUAGAAUCGUUUGUCGUCAUCAAUGAUUAAUCGUUGCAUUAUACAGAUAUAUAUGUAUCCAUUAGCACUAUUACAUUUUCUAAUUUCAAUGAAUAACCAUAAUACAAUAUGUUAUAUGUUUAUUUGAUAAUUUUUUAAAUCCAUUAUUUCAUUUAUUUUUGAAUAAGUUGAACUAUUACAUUCUACUGUAUUUUUACUGUUUCUACGCGAAAAAUAAUAUGUGCAGUGCUUUUCUUAUCGAAAUGUACAGCAGUUCCGCUUUGAGAGGAAAAUAUUAUUAGUUAUAUAGCCAUGUAAGGACUGUAGGGUUAAUCGUGUUAAUCGUGGGCGAUGCUAGUUGCAUAACCAAGAUUUAAAUUUUACCCUAUAUCUUUAAUCGUGUGGUGUGUAAUUAUAUCAUAAUAUGAUCUAAGAUAAUUUAAAACAGAACAAUAUAUUCGCCUUCAAUAAUACUCUGAUAACUGAUAACGUACCUAAUGUCGUUUCGUGUCCGUGUCCUGUUGGUCCUAAACCACUAUAACAGCAUUCCCAAUCCUAAUUCAGCACCCUUAGUCUUAAAAAAAUUCAUAAACAAUUUGAAAAAAUAGUAAUUUCUUUUUUCGUGUGUAUUUUUUUUACUAUAUAUAUAUCUGUGAGUGAUAAUUACAUAUUAUUUUAUAUAUUUGUAUAUGACAGUGAUAACUAAAGUUGGAUAGUGUGUUGACAAAGGGACAAAAUAAACUAUGUGCUAAAACUAUUUUUUUUUAUAGUUAUGGCAACACUCAUUAUUUUAGGUUAUGUUUUUAUAAACGUAUUUAUUUGAUUUAUCAUUAUCAAAUAUCAGUAUUCAGUAUUACUUUGUGAAUUUGUGUUUUUAUUUUUUGUUCAAUUGUUUAGUGGAAUAAUAAUAAAAAUUAAAAAUUAUUAUAUUAUAUUAUUACUGAUACAUUUUUGUUUUUUUCAAUCAUAUUCUUAACUAAAGAUGAGUUCUAUUGGAACUGGUGUAAGUAUACAAUUUAGCGUCUACUUAGAUAUUAUAUUAUUUGUAACUGGGUAAUUUAAAAAUAUUUUAUUUUAUUUCUUUUGUAACUUUUUAAUCAUAAAUUAAUUGAAUUAAGUGUUGAUAAUGUGUAACCUUAGAUUUUGAUGUCAUUAUAUACAAUGCAUUUAUAAUAUUUUAUGUUCAGUAUGAUUUAUCGGCAUCUCAAUUUUCUCCUGAUGGUCGAGUGUUUCAAGUUGAAUAUGCAUUUAAAGCAGUUGAAAAUAGUGGGUAUGUAUCUAAUUGUUAUCUUAUUGUCAUACACUUUUUUUUUAAAAUCAAAUUAAUGUUUUAGAACCGCUAUAGCUUUACGUGGUUCUGACGGAGUUGUUUUUGCUGUAGAAAAAUUGGUUACAUCUAAACUACAUGAAGAUGGAACUGGAAAAAGAUUAUUCAGUGUGGAAAACCAUAUUGGAAUGGUAUUGAAUGACAUUGAAAAUUUCUUUUAGAGAUAAAUUGAUAAAAUUAUUAUUUUUUUGUUUUAUUAUUGUAUUAUUAUUUUUUGUUGUAGGCUGUUGGCGGAUUGACUGCCGAUGCAAAUGCAAUUUUAGAUAUUGCGCGUGAAGAGGCAAGAUCAUAUCGUCGAAAUUAUAGUAUACCCAUUUCUUUGAAAUAUCUGAAUGAACGAGUUUCUAUGUACAUACAUGCUCAUACAUUGUAUAGUGCAAUUAGGCCGUUUGGUUGUGCUGUUAUAAUUGGUGCUUAUGAUUCUAAUGAUGGCCCUCAAAUGUAUAUGAUUGAUCCAUCCGGAGUCUCGUAUGUAAGUUUUUUUUUAAAUAUAUAACAUAUUUUAACAAAAUUAUUAGAAAUAUUACAUCUGUGUUUAUGUCAAAUAUGAUAACAAGUUUAUAUAAUAUUAUAACCUAGUCAGAAUAAAAAACAUUUUUGUAAUUUAAGGGGUAUUUUGGAUGUGCUAUUGGUAAAGCUAAACAGACUGCAAAAACUGAAAUAGAAAAGUUGAAUUUGAAGACAAUGACAUGUAAAGAUUUGAUUAAAGAAGCUGCUAAAAUGUAAAAAAAAAAAAAAAAAAACAUUAAAUAUUGUAUUUGCAUAUAUUAUUAUAUAUAUAUAUAUAUAUUUUGUUUCUAGAAUUUAUAUGGUUCAUGAUGAGUUAAAAGAUAAACAGUUUGAAUUAGAACUUAGUUGGGUUGGCAGUCAUACUGAUGGAAAAUAUGAAGAAGUUCCAAAAAGUAUAUAUGAAGACGCUUUAAAAUAUGCUAAAGCUUCCCUGGAUGAUGAUUCAGGUUCAGAUGGAGAAUAAUUUUAUUAAAAAUUUAAAAAAAAACUUGCAAAUAAAACAAAAUUUCUCAAAUAAGUGGUACCGACGCUUACAAAAUAAUAUUUUUCUUUAUUUAAUAAAACAAUUAUCAUUUUAUUAUUAUUAUUAUUUUGAUUUUAAUAUUUACC